AUGAGUUCAACCGAUUAUCCAAUACGGAAGAACAAGUGUAUGGCGAAGGGACAAGCCACCAGGGCAAAGCACACUCCGAUCCUUAAGUGGCUCUUUAAGGUUGCACAUGAACAAGGAGGACAAAACACCAGAGAUCAAGAAGAUGAAUCUAAAGACAUAGUUUUUGCUUCAAAGCAUAGAAGACCGAAAAGGAAGAAGUUUCAGUUUAAGCAAUUUACAUUUCCUUGCAAUAGAGAUGUUGCAAGGACCUGCUUCUAUAGUACUAUUUAUUUGAGUAGAGUGCGGAGCUCUCACAGUGGACAACAGCAGCAUUGGGCUCAAUCGAUGAAGAAAGACGAUAUCGCUAGAGGGUUCGUCGUUAGUCUGAUGUCGGAUUUGGGUACUCGUGCACCGUCGUCGUCUGCCGGAAAAAAAGAUCGAUGUAACACCGAUGAAAAGAAAGAGAGGCUUCAAGGGGAUAAAACCAGAACCAUGUCUAGAAUGAAGGAGCUGUUGAGAUGGGCUUCUGCUACGAAAUCGGAGAAAUUAAGCGUGAAAUUCAUCGGCAGAAAGGUUUUACAAUUCAGGAACCGUGAAGCACUGAAAGGUGUAGUAGCAGCAAAUGAUGAUCAAUUUAGCUACGAGUCCCCUAAGAUAAGCUUUAGAUGGGAUGUUGAAAGCUGCACCACUACUUCCUCAGCCUUUUCCGGAAUGUCGAUGACUUCUUCGUCGAGAAACGAUCGAAGCUGCAACAUAGUAUCGAUGAAUUCGACUCCGAUACACGGCCUGAAUCGAUGCUCUAGCAGGAGAGGAAAUUGGAUAACCACAGACUCUGAAUUUGUGGUGCUGGAGCUAUGAUGACCAAAGCAACGAUUUAAAUAACGGUCCAUUAUCAUAAUAGAGGUCGUUAUAUAACAGUGAAGGUGACAUAUGAAAUCGUUAUUGCACAAUCACAAUAUCCGCAACGCAACAAAAAACAUGGCUGCAACCGUAAUUUUAAUCCUUGAAUCGAAGGCUGAAGCAGAUAAUUUCUGGGUUGGAAU